UAUUUUGUCUUGUGUGCAAGAUGGCUGAUGGGGGGUCAUCAAGCUUUGACGCGGUGGCCCAUAUUGCCAAGCUAUACGAGGAGAUCUGUAGUAUACGACAGGAGAUGAACUCCAGGAGUCGUGGACGCAGUCCCUCGAGUUCGCGUAGUAGUAGACCCUUGUCACGUGCUAGCAGCAAGCGCCGACAGUCCCGAAGUAACCAGCCUGGAGUGUGCUGGUAUCAUCGACGUUACGGAGCAAAAGCCCAAAAGUGCACUCGCCCGUGCACCUUCGAUGUUCAACAAUCGGGAAACUAGCAAGCCAGCACGUACUGGCGACUAACGUCGCUGGCGAACCGCUCUCAUGUCGCCUCUUCUAUGUUACCGACCGUAACACUGGGAUACGCUUCCUAAUUGAUACCGGAGCAGAGGUCAGUGUAAUCCCACCCACAGUAGAGGAGCGCAGGCGGCCAAUGUCUCUUCAACUACGAGCCGCAAACGGUUCGCCAAUUGCUACGUUCGGCAGGCGCUUUAUAGAUCUUAACAUCGGUUUGCGUCGUUCACUUCGUUGGGUCUUCCUGGUGGCAGACGUUACCACAGGUAUAAUUGGCAUGGAUCUAUUGCAGCACUACCAAUUACUGGUAGAU